AUGACUACUUCAACAUCUACUCAACAACCAACUGUUGCUCAAAAAAUUUUAUUUAACGAACUUUGUAGUGUAUUUCAAGAAAUUAAAGCAACAUAUAGAGCAACCAAGCAUUUUGUUUUUAAUAAAUUUUUGAGGCGUUGGAGGGAUGAAAUGGUUAAAGAAAAUGUUGAAGAUGGAUUUGUUGAAUAUAGAACUGAUGAUACUUUUUAUCCAGCUUUGCGUUUAUUUGUGCCUAGUAAAGAUGUGAAGGUUAGGGAAUUUAGAAUUAAAGAGGCAAAACUCAAUCAAUUAGUUUGUAACUCGAUUGCUGCAAUGCCGCUAAAUCCUGUACCUACAAAUUAUGAUUUGUUGGUUGAAAAACUUGUAAAUAUGUCUUCAGAUCGUUUUCCUGUUAAUACGGCAAAAUUGACAAUUUGGGAAGUUAAUGAAUUUUUGGAUGGAAUCAAAUAUCCCAACAGUGUUGAUAUUCAAGAAGAAGCAAUGGAUAAACUUUGUCGUCAAUGUACUCCAAAUGAACUUCGAUUUAUUUUUCAUAUUAUUUUGGGUAAUAUAGAGAGAUAUAUAGAUAUGUCUGCGCAUACUUUAAUGAGGACAUUCCAUGCUGAAGCAGAUAAUUUAUGGAAGGAAGGUGAUUCACUCCAAUUAAUUUGUGAAAAAUUUGCUGACCCAGAAACUGUGAAUUCAAUGAAUUUAACUGGACAUUUGUUAUGUAAACCGUUUAGACCAAUGCUUUUGAAGCGUUUAAAUUACAAUAAAUAUUGUUUGGCAAAGAUAAUUCGUUAUUGUCAACGUCCAUUCUAUUUGGAAACAAAAUAUGAUGGAGAACAUUUAAUAGUCCACAAAUAUGAAAAAAUAAAUUAUAAAUAUUUUACAAGAAAUGGUGUUGAUUAUACAAAUAAAUUGGGGAGGCAUUAUGAAUUGCUAUUUUCUAAAAGAAUUCACAAAUAUUUUAGAGAAGAAAUUGUUGAUUGUGUUUUGGAUUGUGAAUUGCUUAUUUGGGAUAAUAAUUUAAAUUGUUUUGUUGGAAAAAAUAGACGUGCUUCAGAUGGAAAUGUUUAUGACCCAAAAUAUAUGGACGAUGAUUUCUUUGAGAAUAAUAAAACAUUUGAAAGAAGUAUAGCAGUUUUUGAUAUUCUUUAUUUAAAUGGAAAAUGCCUUAUAACCGAAAAAUUAACAUUAAGUGAACGUGUAGAGUUACUUGAGAAUAUUUUUGUUGAAGAAGAUUUGUCUACAAUAUUUAUUUCUACAAAAAAAUUAAUUAAUAAAGCUGAAGACUUUGUCAAUUAUUAUAAAAACGCAAUGUCACAAAACGAAGAAGGAAUUGUUGUAAAAUCAUUAAAUUCACUUUAUCGUCCCGGUAGUCGUGCAGAAAAGAAUGGAUGGUUUAAAAUUAAGCCAGAUUAUGGAAUUCAAUCAGUUUUGGAUUUGGCUGUUGUUGGGGUUAGAAUUGAGGCUGGACAUGAUAGAAAUCGGUUAAAAUCUUUUUUGGUAGCUGCGAAAAGUUGUAAUAAAAAUGGAAAGGAAGCAACUACAAGUGAUGGAAAAUUUAAAUUUAAAAUGAUUGCUGGUAUCACUUCUAGACUUAAAGCUUUAGACUUUCAACGCCUUCGUUCAACUAUUGGUAAUACUUCUGAAUUAUUAUUUAAAAGGCCAGAAUGGAUAGAAGAUUUUGAUGAAACUUCAAAAAAUGCGGACAGUUAUCGUUUUGUCUUCUAUGAAAAAAUACAGGUUGUAGAAGUCAGAGCAUCUGGAUUAAUUAACGGAAAACUUCAAUUUCCUGCAAUUGUUGGUGUUAGACAUGAUAAAAUAUUUGAAGAAGUCGAUUCUGUUGUAGAUGUUGCAAAUUUUGAUGAGCGCCUCCGUUCACGUCCAAUGAUAGACGAAGAUGAUGAACAUGAAGCAAACAUAAUAUUAAAUAAAAAAAGAAAAAUGCAACAAAUAAAUUUAAAACCCUCAAUUAAAUUGAUAAAUUCAAGAGAAACUGAAAAAUUAAGAAGAGAAGAAUUUCAAAUUUGUAAUAAAUUGGAAAAUGUAAAAGUUUGUGUUUUAAAUGCUAAUGAAGGGUAUACAACACAACAAUUACAAAAAAUAUUAAUUGAAUUGGGGGCUAUUCCUAUUGCUAAUCCAACAAAUAACACAGCAUUUUUGGUGGCAAUGAAUCCAAAAACUUUAAAUUGUAUAGCUCAUGUUAAAGCAGAUAAAUGCCAUAUUGUGCAUGGAAAUUGGUUAUUAAAAUGUAAAGAAGAAAAUAAAUUGAUACCUUGGAAACCUUCCGAUUUAAUCCAUUUUUGCUCAACUUCCAAAUUUAAUUUAUUUUCAACUUGUGAAGAAAACUUAAUUGAAAUGAGAGAAAAUACUAAUAAUAAAAUAAGUGAAGAACAACAACAAAAGUCUAAUUUAAAAAGAAAAAAAGAAUUAUGUUCUACUUCAAAUAUUGUUCCUAAAAAGAAUUUAAAAGACAAAGCAUUUGAAAGAGAAAGAGAUGAAAGUGAAGAAAAUGAAAGAUUUUAUGAACAAUUAGCUAGGGAAGCUGAAGAAGUUGAAAUUGAGAUAAGAAAUCAAGUAGAAAAUCAAUUAAAUAGUGAAGAUUGUCAGCCUGUUGAAAAAGGGAAUUUAUUUGCUGAUUAUGUCUUCUAUUUACACAACUCCUUGCAACCACAACAAAAAACAAAAAUUCAGAAACUAAUUGAAAUGCAAAAUGGAAGGAUUGUAAAUGAAUUGAAUAGUUCAAUAACACAUGUAGUUUUGGAUAAAUUGUAA